AAGGAAGGUGUGAAAAAAGGGGAAGUCCACACAUUGUAAUAAAAGCAAGAGAGAAACCAUAGAAUCCUGGUUGCUCUGGAGGAGAUUAAGGUGUAAUUCCGCAAGCACACGUUGCUCCUCCAUGCAUUGACUUAAAAGCCUGCUGAAGAGACAGAACAUAUCAAUUUUCAGUUCCUCAGAGAAGCCACAGGGACCCAUUAAGGCUGGAAACUGAGCUUAGUGAAAAGGUGACUCAAAGGGCACUGAACAACCAGCUGUCUGCCAUUGGAGGACUAAGCAGUGGUGAUGUGGUCAGGAGAAUGCUUCGCCAUGUCCUCUCUGAUGAGCUUGUCUGGCCUUCGACUGGACUGGAAAGGGAAGUUGGUUUCAGUAGAUGGUGGCCUUCACCUGCCCAACCUCACGGUGCUGGAGUUGCCAGGAAACCACCUGCGCACGCUGCCCAGUAGAUUGAGCCCAAACCUGGAGAGACUGGACUGCAGACAGAACUCCAUCCAUGAGGUCACUUUCCAGCACCUUUCUGGAAUGAAACUGCUGAAGCAUCUCUUCUUGGAGAAUAACACAAUUCAGAAAUUUGAAGCAAAUGCUCUGAGGAACAAUGUUCAGUUAACCAACCUGGCUUUGGAACAGAACUUCCUGUCCUCUAUUCCAGAUGGGCUUCCAGAGAGCCUGGUUCGCCUGGACUUGAAAGGAAACCAUAUCGUAGCCAUCCUGGAGCACGAGCUGAGGUCCCUGAAACAUCUGCAAGUAUUGAACCUGAGGAGGAACAAACUGAGCUCCCUCCCCCAGAUCACCCAGGACCUGCUGCCCCGAUUAAGGACCAUUUACCUAGACGAAAACCCCUGGAACUGCAGCUGUGAGCUUCUUGGGGUCAAGAGAACCCUGCUAGCCAGGAGGGUGGAGAUCCCUAAUGAACUGUGUACUGAGUCAGUGAGUGUGCCAGAGGACAGUUGGAGAGCAUACCUGAUGGCCCAACACAGGUGUGAGGAGUACCUCAAGGAAAUUGAGUACCAAGUGGAGCAGACAGACGCUGAGGAAUAUUAUGACUAUGACUCAUAAAUGGAGAAAACAGGAGUACUGUAGCAGUUUAUCAAAACUAUUUCAUGUUUUGAUAAAAAUACUAGAUAUUAUUAGUCUACUGAAUCUUUCAAAAAGUAUUACUGUA